CCCAACAUCGCCGACUAUGGAGCUGCGUACGACGGCCGUCACCCAUUCCUAGACCCGAAUCCCGCUGUUCGUUGGGAAUUUGCCCAACCAGACGACGCUCAAAAAAGGCGUCAACAACAAAGUGAUCUUAUGGAGUGGUGGAACAGCGAGGUGAUUAAGACCGAUCCAGAGACGUGCUUCCAUAGUUUGUUGUUUUAUCCCGGGACUUUGGCUACACCGAAUUAUAGAAACGUGUAUAUAGAACCACCGGUCAUUCCAGCGGGAUGGGGAAUUUACUGUGUGGCGAUUUUUGCCCGGGAGUUCCAGAUAUGGUGUUGCCAAGUACGUUUUUCUUUCAAAGUCAAUUGGGGUGAAGAGCUGACGAGAAAUGUUUAGUCCGUCAAGUACUGUACAACCCAACGAUCACAUUGCAUGAAGAGGUCCUGCCGGUUGCAGUGGACAUUAUUGCUGCUUCUGGCUGCGAUGCGGUCAUUUUCGAGUUGGCGGUGCU